ACAAGACCUUGCUUCCAUAUACGACUUUCAGGCGCAACAAAGACUUGCACUCCAUCGUGAAAACAGAACCGCAAUGGAUGGAGGUGACUAUUACCCUAACCACAGCUAUGGUGAAAGAAAACCAUCGCAUGAUAAGCAAGAGCCGGUUCCAUUACCUCCUGAGCUCUGGUUUGCUUUGAUGAGUGAACAUCAACAAAGUGCCGAAUUCGACGAUAUGAUCAGUCACUUUAACAGCACGUUUUCACAUACACAGCUUCCAUUGUACCGGCAAAUAGAGGAGUUGCAGAAACAGCAAAAGGCACUAGAAGAACGAAGGAACAAUAGUCUUCCCACUUCCCUUGCCGAAUUUAAUCUCAUCACCUCGAGAGAACAUCAAAACCGUAUAGCGAGGUCAUUGGUAACAAGGGGACAGCUACCAAUCGGAGAAUACGAUACACCAGAAAACGUACAAGCUCUUCAACAUGCUUACGAAACUGAUGAGGCAGCUGCAUCCACCAAGACUAAAGACCCCCGCCCAAGGCCAUUAGCGGGGCAGUCCCAGUAG